GCAUCGGAUCGCGGCUGAGCGACGACUUGUUGGAUGCUCGCGCGCGCUUCGUUUCAUCCAACUGGAACAACGCACUGCGCGGCGUAUUUGUGUCGUUUAAGUGCGAGCGUAGCACAACUAAAAAAAGCUUCGUUUUGGUGACUCAUGUAGUUGUUUCGCGAUUAUCUGCCGUCACCUGGAUAGGUGGUUUAUCGCGAACAUCGGCGAACGUCACCUAGAUUUCGCCGUAGCUGACAAGGUUGGCAGUUGGGUCGAUUAAGUGGAUCACAAUGCGAAUUGAAUUGCAAUGCAUGAUAGUUUCAUAUACCUAGAGGGUUCAACAGUGAUGUGAACCGGGUACAGAGAGAUAGGGAAGGAUGGCCAGCAUCUGAAUGAUGGGGCUUCGAUAAUCCGGUUCGCUCGGAGCUACAACUUUCUGUUACAAAUUACAGCUUGUACGCGCAUCGGGGCCUAUUAAAUGCGUUCUUGAGCAAAGCUGGCUUCAGGAAGUGUGAAGAAAAAGCAAGAAAAAUAGUUUCAAAGCGAGUGCAAGGGCUCCCAGCUCUGCGUAGAGUUGCUGAAGAUAGCAGCAAUUAUGAGCUUCCUAGAUCGAGCUAAUAAUUAAGGAUCCUGUGUGUAGUGCAAAAAGUUCUCAAUUUAAUUAGUGUUCAUCAGUGCUAUUGUGGGAAUACAGAGAGAAAGAGUGUGGAUUCUUAGUGUUAAUCCAACGGGGGGAACCCGAGACCACCGCGAGGACAGCGCACGGCGUAGGAAUUCCUUGGCAGAAAACGAGUGCUUCGUAGUGGGCGGAGCGCCAGGCAACCGAAGGGAGAAGUUUACUCAAGUUGGUGCCGCUGGUUCGUUCCCAUAAAAGGAAAAGGCACAAGUAAUAAUCAUGUACUACACGUUCGGUGCUCGUCAUAGCGCGGUCGUCCUCGUCACUCUGUCUGGUGUUUCCCAAUCAUCUUGAUGCCGACACCGCCAGAAGAAACCAUCCCGCCACUGCCCCUUCCGACCUCGUAGCAGGUCGGCGGCUUCCUAUGGGCAAGUGCGCCUCUAAACAGCCGGUUUCUGGACUCAACGAAUUUGGAAGCUCCCCGUACCUUGCCAUCUGCAACCAUGAUGACAUCAUCUUCAUCAAUGUGGGUCAAUCGGAAAGUAAGAAAUCAUCCAAAAAGGCGGCCGGCCUUGAGACCAAGGGCACGGCCAUGUCCUUUGGAUUCAAAAAGCACAAAGUACAUCAGUCGACCACGGGUAGCAAACUGCCCUUGGCUAUCGGCGAUGGUACGGGACCAGGUUCAGGAACCGGUACACUCAAGAAACCAACACAGACGACCACAGCUUCCAAUGGGAACCAUCUGUACGGUGGGCUGGAGAAGGAGAAAGCGACGGAAAGAGACAACGCAACAGUGAUCUCCAAUCCUGGAGUCGAUGGCAUUUUUAGCGAUAAGAACGGCAAUAUGGGUUCGGCAGACCAGGCAGAUGAUGGCACAAAUAAAGCGACAGGUCGAUCGACACCACGCCUUCAGCCGCCCAAGAAAGACUCUCACGGUGCACCGUAUCGUAACAAUCGAUUCGGUUUCCGCUCAACCAACGUGGUCAGACCGGCAUCAGCUGGUCUCCAGCCGAAAACAAUUACUGACUACGACAAACAACAUUCCAACAACAAUAAUAACAUUCACACCACAAAUAAUAACAACGUCUAUAUCACGGACAAACGCCGCUCAAAAAGUGCAUCAGCGGCAGCAGCAUCACGCACAACAUUCACACCUCUACAGCAGGCACCGUCACACGCCCAACAGGAACGAUCUUCGGCAUUGCAACAUGCCGGCGGCGGUUUCGGUGCACUUCACAAGCCGUUACCGAAAUAUCAAUCGGCGCAUGGCGCGACUAAAAUAGCUUCAUCAGAAUCAGGCACGCAACAAGUGAUGACAAAAUUCGAUCAAGCAGAGCAUAAAAAUACUUCGCAUAAUAUACCACUCACCGGUGGUUCGACGGCAACGAACGGAAGUGCCGACGAGCAGCGAUCACAGUCAAGCGUAAAUAAUGCCAACGGCCGGCAGUUUGUCUCUGUGAACGACUCUAACCAGCAGCAACAUGCCGCAACUAAUCUGCUAGCAAAACAAGAACCUGCGUCAUCGGUGGCAAAGUUUACCCUCCACAGCUCCAGCCUUCCAAAGCCACAAUAUCCGGUACCGAUCAGCCUUCCCUCAGCAGCUCCUCGCUAUGUCAUGGACCCCAAAGGGGCCAAACAAGCCGCCAAUGUAAGUCGCAAGGGAUCGCUCAACCAAUUUCAGCGGGAAUUAUCCUCCGAACGUUCGUAUGAUCUCGACUUCCAUCCAUCAAAUACUGAUUCGGACACCACGUCCAACAACCGAAUGCCUCGCCAACGCUACCGCAAUCUGGAAAUGGUUUUGAACGGUCGCCACAAGUUCGAAGUUCGAGAUCUUGAAACGCUCACCGCUGAACCGAUCGUACCCCUUGCACUUCCCAAGCUUCCUAGUGCUUUCAACACCAUCGGUCAACAGCAACAGCCGGUCCCUCUGAGUGGACUUGUCCGAUCAUCCGAACUUCCCAGGCAACUGAGCGAUGACAUCGACAUCAACGAUAAUCGUUACGAAUCCUCAGAAUGUGAUGAUCCACUUGAAGUGCUCGAGCGCAAGGAUUCGAUGGUUUACUCCGAUGUCGACAGUUUCGAGGAGGAAAAACUGGCACGCGAUAACAAUUCGUCGGAGAAAAGUCUGAAAGGGGCAAUCAUUAAGGAUUUGGCGCAAUCUCAGUGCAGCAAGACGUCAUCGCCAGGCAGUUCGCGGGCUUCGUGGUGCAAUGCCGGCGAAAGCAUGGCCGCCAAAGAGUGCAGCAGUUUGAGCUUGAGCAGUAGUGAUGAGUGCAAUGGCAGAGGGGCCAGAGGGAUGCAGCCCUGUGCGGAUGAGCAAGAAGACAUUAGCUCGGUUACCAUCACCGCCGGUAAUCCAUCGUUGCUGUCAUCCUUCUCCGCGGCAGUCCCCAUGGAUAUCUCCACCAACCUGGACAGCGUAUCCGAGGUACAGAACAGCUUCAACGAUAACACACUUUCCGAUCAACCGGAUAGCAACAAGAUCUUCCGCUCGGAGGAAUACAAGUUCGCCGAAAUGGCGGCGGCUGUCGGAGAUGCCAUUCUGCUCGAUGACGAAACAUCUCCCACCGACAGUUUGGUCAGCAGUUGUACCGAGUCGGAUGACGCCCGCAAACAUCGCAAGAAACCCGUCGAGGGAAAACAGGAACGGGAAAAGGAGAAAGACAUUGACGAGAUCUCCCCGGAGUUGGAAGAAAUCGCAAGUCCCGUAACGCCGGGAACUCCAACGCACGCUUCAAAUUCUCUGUCGCUGUCCGACGGAGGGCGAGAUUUUCUGAUUGACGAUGAAAUAGCAGAUCAGCCUGCGCUGGUGUUCGACGAACCAGGUCUCAACGACAGCAGCAUGAUCGACCUGGCGUCGAUCAAUUUACACAUCAACGAAGAUACUCCCACGCUGAGAGAUUCCAUAUCUUCGUUGAACAACAACAGGUCCCUCUCGAAGGGCGGUGCACCGGUACCAAAACCGAGAAGAGUCAUGGCCGAAACCUAUGAAUCGCCGGCUCCAAUCCGUAAGAACAGGACUCGGCUGUCCCGUGCCGAAUCCCUAGAUACUCUGUCGCCAUGUGACUCCAUCGCAUCGGAUGACUUCAUGUUGGACUUCAACAGCAGCAUGGAUUCCAUCGAUCGACCGCCCCGUUCCAAUGCCAGUGGAAGCGCCUCGGCGUUACACUCGAUGGACGAGCUUCAGCUUUGGUCCGAGUUGGAGAACAAAGGCGGUCAGCUUAUGCACGAAUGGAGCAAACUUUUGCGUUCACAGCGAAACAGCAACAACAACACCAGCCGCGAGAGCAUAACAUCUCAACUCCCGGCCCGGGCGACCCGAUUGCUGACGCGACGUCUCCAGAACAAUGCCACGCCCACUAACUGUGGCACCGGUGGUUCGGACAGUCCCCGCUCGAUGGAUAGCCUCCCACGCCGGACCGGCCUAUCUACGUCAUCGUACAAAACGGCCACCCUGAACCAGUUCAACAACAACGCGGACGCUGCUUCGACGGCGACCAAUUCGGCCGAGGAUCUAACACUACUGGACAAGUCGCUGCGCAACUCAAUGCUCCAGGAUGUGGUACACUUCAAGACGCAGCUGGUCAAGCUUCGGCGGAUCCUGCAGAAGGAUGAAGAAAAUUUGAUGAUGACCGAUACUCUCAACCCAUUUGAGAAUAAUAAUGGGCAAUUCUUCACUACUGCUACUACAACUACAACCACAUCGACGGUGAGCCCUACGGGGGCCUCCGGGGAGUUAGAUGCCACCAGCGUCGUCGACAGCAAGCAACAGGAAAACACCUUGAUCAAGGAAUCCGGCGUGCUGCAACUGGCGCUUCUGGAGGAUCAGCGACAGGAGCUGGCGGAUCUCAGAAGACAGGUGGUUUACCUUCAGGGCGAGAUCACGGCCAAGAAUCGCACCAUCCGGCAGCAGCAGAACCUGAUCGAAAAGUACGAAGCUGAACGGGAGAAGCUACAGGCUGGCCUACCGGUUGCCACAAACGGAACCGCUGGGAACGGCUCCGAGGACAAGACUAUUGACACAAUCAGCACAGCCACCCAGACUGAGAGGCUGAGGCCCCUAUCGUUCGGUGGACAGGAAGGAUUAGCGAGUCGAACUGAGCCGCCAACAUCUCUACAAGGGCCUACCAUACGCAAUGGCCUCAGAUCAGCGAUUGCCAACAGCAGCCAUCAUCAUCACCACGCUAAUGGUAACAGCAACAGCAACAACAACAACCACAGCACAACACCAUCAUCAUCACUCAUCAACAGCAGCCGUGGACCGGUGAACAGCAAGCCAAAAACCCAAAUCUCAUCAGUGUACACUCAGCUCUCAUCGAUCAAGCACUCCAACCAUCAUCAUCAUCAUCAUCAUCAACACCACCUCCACCACGGCCACAAGCGGUCUUCCCUCGGAUCAACUGGUAAUCUGAACCACAUUGGAUCCACAUCAUCAUCUCCAUCGACCGCCAACACCAUCACCACUGCUGCCAACUGUUCCAACAUGAAAACCGUUCGCACUACUCUCAUUGGCAACGUGCUGACCUCUAGCAAACUCAAUCAAAGCAACAGCAGCGGCCUCUCAUCGCCUCCUUCUUCGCCGCCAGCCAACAGUACAAAAUUGCUCAAAACUUCAGUCCGGACUCAGCUAAACGGUGGAAACGGACUCAUAACAUCCGCCAAGCUGAACACCUCCUCGCCGUCCAAUAAGCGAGCUUCCGCCAUCAAGCCGCCCUCUUCUUUCAGCAGCUUCCCGGCAGCGGACACGCCUACUGCGCACAAAUCCAAGUCGGCACCGGUGACUCCGAUGGCCGAACGUGUUCCCAUGACUCCUCCUUCGCCAUCAUCACCCUUGGCAACGACGCCCAAUGUGCAGAUUGUUAUCGACGCCGUCGGCGCGGAAGAGGAGCCUAUGAAAGUCAACGGAAAUCUUUACGUGGAACAAAAUGGCGACGAUGCGAAUGAUAGCAACAACAACAGCAGCAAUGGAAAGCAUGAUGAGGAUGAUGAUAAAGAGCAAAUCGCCGAAACGGAAAAGGAAGCUAUCAACAAUAAGAUCAAUAGUCUUAAACUAGCAAACGGAUUGACUGGAUGUAAUGAUAGUAGCUGUAAGGAAAGUAGCUUAGUUAUCUAGUUUCAUAAGAGAAUGAUUAUUUAUAUAUUUAAAUAAAACCAUUGCAAAAAACAAAUUUGAAACAAACCUAUAAAUGAAUGUGAUCUUAUAACCUUUAAAUUAUGGAACAAAAUAUCUAUUCAAAGACAGCGCUCAUUAUCACUCUCUGAUAGCCACCAUAUACACAAACCUAUAAUCAACAAGUGAAAUAUUGAUAUUCUGCGCAGGACACUGAAAUAUGUACUCAAAAAACUGCUUUUUUGGAUCAAUAAACCAAAUAACCUGUCCAUUUUACUCCCGAUAAGAAAACCUAACAAGACACAUUUUGAGCCAACAUGUAUUACGAGAAAGCUGUAGAAUAGAUCCAAGCGCGCGUUUCGUUUCGAACUAGUGCUUUUAUAUUUGUAGUUAAAAGUGAUUUUUUUAUUUUGUUAGGAGAGGUGCUGUAAAGAUGCUAGGGAAAAUUAAAAAAAAAACACUUGUUGAAUUGUUUUCUCCAAAUCCUCCGGAAAAUUUUGUGCAAUCGAUACAUACAUCCAGUUUCGUUUUACUUUUUUGAACGAAUCGUUAAGUAAGUUUUAUUUUUUUUAGAACGAAUCACCUAUAUAAUUAAAAUUUAAGGUGACAUUCCCAAACGAGUGGAAGUCAGCAAUCGAAUAGCGAAUAUUAUUAACUAAUUACACUCACAGGCAUAUGUUUCAAAAGUCAAUCACUAUAUUUCCUUACAGAACAAGCAUUGAAAAAGAGAAAAGUCGAUUCUUUCAAAAAAUUGCCUAUCGAAAAGUGAAGUACACGGUUCAUACAAUAAGUAUUAUUCGCGGUCGUAAACGGUUUUUGGUAUGCCUAAAAGUGCACCAUUCGGAAUCGGUUCUAAACAGAUUGAAAACAAAACGAAAAUGACAAUUGUAAAUCAUACAUUUAUUGCCAAAUCUAUGCUCUGAAUUAAAAUUCAUAACAAAAAAGUACAUACACUCACUCAGUCACAUCCCUUUUGAAUUCCCUUAUUAUAAUGGAAAAAAUUGACUGCAAAAUUUAGUGAAACAGGACAGAAUUUGAAAGAGAAUAUCGGACCGAAAGGAAAGACAUUUGGCAACAUUCGGAUGUAAUACGUUCAAUACUGUGAAUUAAUUGGUAAAAUAUAUAUAUUUCAAACACAA